UGCAAGGAGCCACAGGUGGGGGCAGAUACACUUGAGCGGCGCGGCUCCUGAUUGGCCGGCGGGCGCCACCGGGGGUUACGGCCCGCGAGGGUGGCUACGGCUAUGCACCGCAAACCGCGGUAACAGUUAACUCCGCAACUCGCCAGCGAUACGCGCCGGAAAUCGCUCCUAAUUUUCGCGCCUCCUUUCCCGACCCGAAAAUCCGGAACCCGACCGUUCAACCGUGUAUCUUGGACCAGCUCUAAAAUCAAACUCCUCUGUUCGAUACGUCCGGGUCGAAAGUUUAAGGCGGACGUGCGGAAAUUUUCAAUCAAGACAAAAAAAAAUACAUUAUGCUGUCAUCGAGUCGCGUAUAUUCGAUAUUGGACUCUGCGGUUGACAAGUUCCAAGGAAGAAGUGAAAAUGAUGGAGGAUUCACAGGAGAAAAUAGUGAUUAGUUUGUGAUUUGAUGGACUGGAAUUUUAUGUGUGAAAAAAGGGACAUUCCGAAAAUAGUCAAUUUUCAGUUUGUGCGAUUCUCACACGACGAAAAUUUAAAUUAACCAGAAAUUUUCGGAAAAAUCAACUCGCAGUUUACUUUCAACAAGUUGACAAUAUCCUAUUAAACAGGAAUGUAUUCUUUGUAUCAAGCUUGGCUCUUACGAGAGAACAGCUCUCUGGCCUCUUCUACGAUGGUCACUAUUCCGGACACGAUCAUCCAUGUUGGCACGGAUGACAAUAUGCAAAAAUUCAGCGGGCACAAAAUCAUCCUCUCCUCACAGAGUGGGUACCUGCGAUCCUUACUAGCAACUCAAGAGGCCGCACCUGAGAUUUACAUAACCAACGUUAAUGCCGAAAUAUUUGGUAUCCUCCUAACAUUCAUGUACACCGGUUACUUGAAUAUAAAUUCUGAAAAUAUAUACAGUGUGCUUUUAGCGACGCAUUUGUUGCACAUGCCAAGGGCUCUGGACUUGUGCAGAUCUUUCCUCAUUGAACAGCAAACACUUCCUGCAUUAUUGCCGCCUACACCCACAACUCCAGCUUUACCAGCGAAUAUCAUCAAACCUAUUCCCAGCCGGAAACUUCUCCCAGCGAUAAUACAGCAGCAGAAAAGCCAACCUCACCAGGAGAAAAACCGCUGGGAUAUGAGCUCUACUGUUUUCCACCCGGUGCAAUCAAAACCAAUACCAAUCGUAGACCCUCCUCCAUUGACCAUCAACACGCAACAACCUUCAACUUCAAAAGAGACGAAUAUGUCAACUUCCGUUUCGAGUUUAUCUCCUUGUCUCUCUAACAUAAGUGGAACCACAGAUGAACUGACUGUCACAAUCACAGAGAGAAACGAAGAAAUCUCGAAGAAAAAAAGCAAAUCCAGAAACUCAAAAAGUAACGAGGAAAAUAAUAAAGUCAUCAUAGACGUAGCCUCGUGUGAUGGUCCUGUGAGGUUUCAAAGAAUUUUGAAUACCAACUACCGAGCUAAGAUUCAAGAUUCAGCGGUCGGAGAAGAUGAAAACCAAGGGGAACACUUGAAUACGACCAAGAGUGCAGAGCCGGAUAGUAAACAGAUGCCUAUUCAGAGUCAAAAUUAUCUUGAUGAAAAAAUUGCCGAUGGAAAAAGCGAAGACACUCUGAAAUGUAGUUAUUGUGAUCACACUUUUAAAAGCAAGUAUUGCCUCCAGAAACACAGCAAACGCCACCUGACUUCUGUUGAAAUGGGAGGUGUAAUAAAAGUUAAGGCAGUGCCUCAUCCAUCUUUCAUGAAGCUGAGUUCUAAAAAACUACCACCAGCCCAGUCCAUUGGAUCGAAGCGUGAAGUGCGACUACUUGAUAUGAACGUUCAAUAUUACCCCUGUAAAACUUGUGGAUCCAAGUUUCCUAGCUACUAUUUUGUUCAUAAACAUCGCAAAAUGUGUCACCCAGAGGAGGAAAAUAUGGUAAAUAAUCAGCUCAUAUCAGAUGAUACAUCCAAAUCAGAAAAGAAUUCUUUGCUAGUAGACAAUAGUAAUGCUAUAAAAACUGAUUGAGGUGAAAACUUUCAGCAAGAGAAAACUAUUUGGUUUAAAAUGAGUUUGUUCACUUCAAGUCAUCAAUUUUAAGAUUAGUCAAAGAGAAAAAAAUUAAAAUUGUGUUGAACUGAAUAAAUUUAAAUAGUGCUUUUAAUUUUGUUUCAUUGUUAUAGUUAGUAAUUAAUAAAAAGAAACCCCGAAUAUAAACUAUGUUGCAUGGCAAACUACAUAAAAUGUAAGUAUUUACAGAAUAAAAUUCUACUAUUAUUA